GGUGCGGGUGCCAGCGGUGCGGACGGAGGCGGCGGGAGCAGCCCGUUCCCGGUGCGGGCGCGGGGCCGGGAGCGGGCCCGGGGAGCGCCCGGCGAGCGCCCGGCUCUCCUCACGGGGCUCCCGCACUGCCACCACUCCAUGUGAUGUCCAGGGUCAGAAAUGCCUUAUGUGGAUCGCCAGAAUCGCAUCUGUGGUUUCCUAGACAUUGAGGAAAAUGAGAAUAGUGGGAAAUUCCUGCGGCGGUACUUCAUCCUGGACACACGAGAGGACAGCCUGGUGUGGUACAUGGAUAACCCACAGAAUCUUCCCUCUGGAUCUCCACCUGUUGGGGUCAUUAAACUUACCUAUAUUUCAAAGGUUAGCGAUGCAACUAAGCUGAGGCCAAAGGCAGAGUUCUGUUUUGUUAUGAAUGCAGGGAUGAGAAAAUAUUUUCUACAAGCCAAUGAUCAGCAGGACCUAGUUGAAUGGGUAAAUGUUCUGAACAAAGCUACCAAAAUCACAGUACCAAAGCAGUCUGAUCCUCUCUGCCAAAUGGAUAAUGCAAAUCGUCAAGCUGAAAGCCCAGGUGGAAAGAAGCAAGUCUCUUACAGGACAGAAAUUGUUGGUGGUGUUCCCAUCAUUACACCCACCCAGAAAGAAGAGGUCAGUGAGGGCAGUGAAGGGGCUGACAGGAAUUAUUUGAAGCGGUCACAAACUCACCUUCCUUAUUUUGCUGCUAAGCAUCCCCCAGAUAAUGCCAUUAUCAAAGCUGGUUACUGUGUCAAACAAGGAGCAGUGAUGAAGAACUGGAAGAGAAGAUACUUUCAAUUAGAUGAAAACACAAUAGGAUAUUUCAAGUCUGAACUGGAGAAGGAACCUCUCAGGGUUAUACCACUUAAGGAGGUCCAUAAAGUUCAGGAAUGCAAACAGAGUGAUAUAAUGAUGAGAGACAAUCUCUUUGAAAUUGUAACAACUUCUCGAACCUUUUAUGUGCAGGCAGACAGCCCCGAGGACAUGCACAGCUGGAUAAAGGCCAUUUCUGGGGCCAUCGUAGCGCAGCGGGGACCUGGCAGAUCAGCAGCUUCCGUGACUCUAAUCUUAGCUUUGCACUGUGUUCCAGAUGCGGCAGGCCAGAAGGCUGUCGAAUCCUUGUAUACAGAGGAGCAUCCCGAGUCUUGUUCCGAACCCGGCCAUGCUGUCCGUCCUGCCGGCGCAGCCGCAGGCAGCUCACAUUCCACAGCCCCUCACAGCAGCCCUCUGGUCCCAGCCCCUCACCCCAAACCCCCUGCUCUGGAGAAGCGAGGAUUUCACGAGUCUUUUACCAAGGCCAGGCCAAGGAGCUACAAGAUCCAGGCUGUCACUGCAAGAGAAUCAACUUCCAAAGUGACUGAACGGGGCCCCUGGGAACCCCGGAGCAAAAAUGGCACUCAGGAACAGGAUCCUGGCCUUGUGGAUCUGGAUGAUGCAAGCCUUCCAGUUAGUGACGUGUAGGGAUGGAAGCGUUUGGAGAAUGAUCCAUUUGUUCGGUCCUUUAAUUUCCUUGCUCGGACUUUGAACCAAAGAAAAUUCCAGGAAAUGAGAACAAAAAAAAACAAAAAACAAAAGAAAACCGGAGCACUGCUGUUAUAUAUAUGUGUGUGUGUGUGUUCCUGUGCACACAUGGGUAUAUAUAAUGUGUUUGCGUGUUGCCUUUCAGCUGAGGGUCAGAGAUGGACCUGAGGCGUUUUCUCAAAGCCUGAUAGUAAAUCACUUACUAGGGAGGGGCCAAACUGCACAGUUUAGGAAAGAAAAAACAACCCAAAAUGCAUUAUAUAUAUAUUUAUAUAUAUAUAUAUAUAUAAAAAAACAACUUCUGCAAAUAAGCAAGGUACCAGCAACUUCUAAUUCCUAAUCUGGCAGAUUUACUAAAUUCGCAACUAAUGCUCUAUUUUGGAGAACUUGUUGCCAACAAAUGUGAUUAUUUAAUUUCAUCUUAAACUACAGUAAGAUUUUAGGCAUAGAUGAGAAUUUUUUCUCUCCGUGACUUUCAGAUACCAGGAAAUGCACAAAAUGUUUCUUCUGUUCUUUAGGAUCAACAGUGUCAACUGAUUUGUUACUAGAACAAGAAUUCUGAACUCCCUUGGAAUUCUAGUUAUGGUGCUGUAAAAUUUCCACUAAAAUAAUAUUUUGAAUAGUCAGCCUAUUUUUGAUGCACUCCUUAAGGUGGGUUAUAACUUUUUGCACAUUUGGAUUUCCACGGACUGCAUGUAGUGGUGUUUUGGAGGGGGGAGAAGAGAAUUUGGACUUUGGAAUUUGGACACUUUAGGUCUUUUUAACUAAGUAGGGUUUGUGUUGUGUUACAUUAGGCUUUGCAGCAAUUAUGUUUUCUUAAAUGUUUAAAUGUAUUGUUUGGUUACUGUUUUGAGAAUGAUUUCCUUCCCAGUGCUUUGUGAACAGUUCUUGUUUCUGUAUUGAUCAGUGGAAGAGCUCCUUUAGUUGUGUUGUUAUUGGUACUGAACUGUUCCUAGUCCUGCAAUCGUGGCCUAUAACUUUUGGUGCACUAAGAAUCUGAAGUGCCUGUGUUUUCUCUCACAUUGUUGAAACACUUUUGGGUUAGUGAUGUACACAAACCAUUCUUACUGGGUUUGAGUGUUGGCUUGGAGUUGCUCUGGAUAGCAUAGUUUGAAACAGCUCUUUAAAACAAGGUCUAUGCCAGGGGUACCAGUGUUCUGGUGUUGCACCCACUGCUGUGCAAUAUGUGUUCUUAAAAAGUGACUAUUUGUUGUUUGUGUACAUUGUGUUAUGGGGCAUCAGUGAUGCCAGCGAGGAGAACCUUUACAUUUCAAGUAUUGGAUUAGAUAAUGUGUACUUUUCAUCAUUUUUGGAAAAAAAAAAAUGUUUGCUUUAAUCCCAACCCCACAAAUAUCUCGUGCUGCUGCUUACUGUGAUCCCAAUUGUCCAGCUUUGUGAGACUUGCUCUGUCUACUGGAACCUAAGAUACAUAUCAGACAAGUCCAUCUUCUCUCCAACUUCCAGUCUGACUUCCUGCUCGAGAGAUACAGAUGGCUUUACCACAGCAAUUUGUUGAUCCCAGGACAGAAUAAUUGGUGUCCAAUAUAAGAAUGGAAUUUAAUAAAUUUCAAAACCUUAAAUUAUAUCAGCACCUUCUUUUGGUUUUGGUUUAUUUUUUUUCUUUUAUCCAUAAGCUAACUAACCACUGUCUUAAGGCAGUGGUGUCUGUAAAUUACUGGUUUUGUUUGCCUUUAGAUAUAUGUGAAAACUAGCACAGAAUUGGAAAUUACUGUAAAUGUCUGUACUAGUAUUGUAGGUUUUAAUUUCUAUAAAAAUAAACCAUUAGCUCUUUAAAAGCUUAUUUUUUUCACAAGUACAUUCUGUGUGGAAGAUACUUUGCAUUGUUAUAUUUUUACUGUAGUCUAACAUCUGAAAUCACUUGCUCUGGUACAGCUUUCACACUGCAUGGUCAUUUUAUUAUAUUUUGGUAUUGGCAAUUUUACACAUUGGGUGGAGGUAAAGCAGCUCCAUUAUGGGACUUACAAAAAGAGGGCAAAAGAGAAAAAUGAAAAAUGAAAUGAACUACUGUUGUAGUUCAGUAGCAUAGGGAAAUAUUUGUGGUUGGUCACUGUCAGGGUCUCCUAUUUAUCAGUACUUUUAUAAAUCUAUGAAAAUUGUUAAAUUAUUUUAGAAACAGUGCUGUAAAUAUGUCACAUUUAAAUUGUCAAUAAAUCAGUUUGGGUAACUUAAAA